AUGGUUGUUGAAAUAACACGUAGAUCUAGAUCACAAGAACCAGUUGGAAGAGUAGAUGAAGUUCCAUUUCGUAUUGAGAAUAUAACUCAAGAGUCAAUCGUUGUAGAAGAUGUCCCAAAUUUCACUUGUGCUAGUGAAUUUAUUGCGGAUUAUGAUAUGGUCGUCGCUUCCGAUCAUUUCGACAGUGGUACCUUUGAGGAGGAGGAUGACAGAGGUGCUAGAGAGGAUGAUGAUGUUUCUUUAGGUUCUGAGGACAAUGAAUACGAUAGUAGCGAUGACGAUGACGAUGAUGAAGACACCGGGGAAGAAGAACCGGAGGGUAAUGCUAGUGUGCCCCAAGCAGAGCAGGAAAAUGAUGAUGGCAAUGGAUCCAGCGCUAGUGACGAGGAAAUAAGUGGUGAUGAGGAGUGUAGGGAUGGGCCGUCGCGCCUCCCCCUGCGGCCGCCGCCGCGCGCCGUCGCUGGACCGCCUUCAUGGGACGCCGCGCGCUCCCCCGCCGGCGGCGCCGCUGAAUCCGCCUCCCUCGGCCUCCGCGUGCUCACCCGUCGCCCGCCGCUGUGA